ACCAACGGGCACCUGAUGUGCGCCGGCUGCUUCAUCCACCUGCUGGCGGACGCGCGGCUGAAGGAGGAGCAGGCCACCUGCCCCAACUGCCGCUGCGAGAUCAGCAAGAGCCUCUGCUGCCGCAACCUGGCCGUGGAGAAGGCGGUGAGCGAGCUGCCCUCCGAGUGCGCCUUCUGCGCCCAGCAGUUCCCCCGCUCGCUGCUCGAGCGGCACCAGAAGGAGGAGUGCCAGGACAGGGUGACGCAGUGCAAGUACAAGCGCAUCGGGUGCCCGUGGCAGGGCCCCUUCCACGAGCUGACGGUGCACGAGGCCGAGUGCACGCACCCGACCAAGACGGGCAACGAGCUGAUGGAGAUCCUGGACGAGAUGGACCAAACGCGCAAGAAGGAGAUGCAGCUCUACAACAGCAUCUUCAGCCUGCUCAGCUUCGAGAAGAUCGGCUACACAGAGGUGCAGUUCCGCCCGUACCGCACGGACGACUUCAUCACGCGGCUGUACUACGAGACGCCGCGCCUGACGGUGCUCAACCAGACGUGGGUGCUGAAGGCGCGCGUCAACGACUCGGAGCGCAACCCCAACCUCUCCUGCAAGCGCACCCUCUCCUUCCAGCUCAUCCUGAAGAGCAAGGUCAACUCGCCGCUGGAGUGCUCCUUCCUGCUGCUCGAGGGGCCCUACGACGACGUCAAGAUCAACCCGGUCAUCUACCACUUUGUCUUUACCAAUGAGAACAAUGAGACGGAGUACAUGCCGCUCCCCAUCGUGGACUCGGUGGAGUGCAACAAGCUGCUGGCGGCCAAGAACAUCAACCUGCGCCUUUUUAUAUUCCAGAUCCAGAAGUAGGCGAGGCCGCGGCGCCCGCGUGGCGCCGUCGCGAUGCCGUCGCGGCGCCAUCGUGGUGUCAUCUUGGAUGACCGCGGCGUCAGCGCGGGUGAUCGCGGCGUCAUCGUGGCGCCGUCAUGGGCCGUCAUCGUGGGAUGAUCGCGGCGUCGACGCGGUGCCGUCAUGGCGUCAUCAUGGAUGACCGCAGCGUCCUCUUGACGCCAUCAUGGCGCCACCGCGACGUCAGCGCGGCGUCAUCAUGGGCGAUCACGGCGUCACCGUGGUGGCAGCGUGGCACCGGCGCGGCGCCAUCGCGACGACGGCGUGGAUGAUCGCGGCGUCAUCGCGCUGCCCUCGCGGCGUCCCCGUGCCUCGCGCGCCCGGCGCCGCCUCGCCGCGGUGCCCCUCGUGCCCGCGCCUGCAUGCCGCAGCAGCCACAGCCUUCCUCCUCCUCCUCCUCCUCCUCCUCCUCCUCCUCCUCCUCGCCCCGGUGCCGGCGGCAGGCGCAGC